GGCGGUGCUACCAUCCGCGCCCUGCCCGGGAAGACGUCGGCCGCCAGCUCCAGCCUCCUGCGCCGCUGCUACCCGUCCAGCAACGCGCAGGCGCCGUUCCUGCCCGCGGGCCGCAUGGAGGACUGCCUGCCGCCCUGCUACCACAGCGCCAAGACCAUGGCCAAGCUCAUCAAGGAGCAAAAGCGGAAGUUGUUCCACACGUCAGUAUACGAGUCAGAGCUGCAAUUGAAGAAGCUCUAUAUCCAAACCUGCAAGCGACUGCCUGCACACAGCUGUAAGGUGUAUCAAGUGAAAGAGCUCCUAAGAGGCAAAACAAAGAAAAAGUUUUGUGUGUUACAGACAGCACGUCUUCUGGGACUGGGUCCGGAAAAAAUCGUACUUCUUGACAACAAGACUAAGUUUUUAGCCAAGUCGCAGAAAACCGCAGACCUGGUUCAGUUUACAAAAAUAACCUCAAAAAUCGCCGUCAUACAUUUAAACAAGAAAAUAUUUAUUGCAUAUUUGGACAGUUUAUACUGCAUAAAAGUCCGAUACCUAGCUCUGAUAGUGUGGCGCACGGGCGGCGGCCGCUCCCAUGACCGACUGCAACUGGAGUUCCGGGCUGCGCGCUGGUCGCUGGUGGUGCCCUCUGUGGCCGCCAUGCGCGAGGUGGGCCUGGCCCUCUGGGAGAUCCUCCAGGAGCUCGACUCCCACUUUCUGGAGGAACACGCCCUCGUGCGACGGCUCGGCCAG